GAAUAUUGGAAUGACAAGCGCUGAAAUGUGUCGACAUUACAGGUGAAGUAUUCUUUAGGACGUGGAUACAUGACGUGAUGUAUUAACAGCUCGUCGUUCCGGUGAAGAUGGAGGAUGAUGGAUCGAGUCAGUAUCACCAGCGGGAACUAUGGGGGCUGGACUACUAUCUACGUGUGUACAACAAAAUGUACAUUCAAGAUAUACUCAAGCUACGACUUUACCCACACUUCAUAGAAGCAUUUGCCUACAAGAAUCAUCCAAUACACAAGGUGGAUAUCCUCGGGGUGGUGGUUCAUGUAGACGAGAGAGACAGGUGCUUUAUUUAUGCAAUUGACGAUGGUACUGGAGUAAUCUCCUGCUGUUGCUGGAAGCCAGACCUUGGACGCACCGGUGAUGAGACUACCUACUCCUCACUGCCCCCCUCCCUACUGAAGAAGUUGUGUGACAUUCAGGGCGAGGAAAAGCAGGCCACUUCAGGCUACACUCACGGCGACCUUGUGCAUAUAAAGGGCAAGGUCAAAGUCUUUAGAGAGGUCAAUGAAAUCACAGCAUUAUAUCAUGCCAGGGUAGAUAAUCCUACAGCAGAGAAUGUGCGUAUGGUGGAGCUUCCCAAGCUGUACAAGAUGUGUUAUGACAAACCCUUCGAGCUGCCUCACAGAGUGAAGGCGGAGCUGGACAUGAUGAAGGAGGAAGACACGACUGGAGUCAAGAGCCGUAGACGGAUCAUCCAGGAAGUAGGUGUGGCAGUAAGUGAACACCUUCGUACAGCACCCUCUGUGACAGAAUUUACUGCCAGUCAGAUGUGUCGCCUGCCAAACAUCGCUGCCAUUCUUGCUCAGCAGCAGUCAAUGGAGGAAAAACUAAGUCACGUUUCCAUGGUAACACAAGCUCUUCAGAAGCUGGAGGAGGAGGAUGGGACGGUGUGUCGCCGUAUGGAGGCAUUUGCUCAUUACAGAAUCUGCAUCACAGCAAGGCACUGAAAACGGCCAUCUUGAACUUGCUGGUCAAAGAAUCUCAGAAGCCGAAGUAUGCGGAGCGUGGGUGCCAUUACCUGCACAUCCUGGAUGAGCUGCACAGGACCGUCAGUACUCCAAACUCCACCAAGCGGCCCUGCUGAACUGUCUGCAGACACUUGAGACACAAAGUGAUGUCAUACGCACUUACCACAAACAGUACCUUCCUUGUGUCACCUGACAUCUGACCUUGACCUCAUCUACACUGGCGACACAAAGUGAUGUCAUACUCACUUAUCAUAGACAGUACCGUCCUUGUUUCACAUGACCUUGAACAUCAUUUACACUGGAGACACAAGUGAUGUCCUACGCACUUACCAUUUGACCUUGACCUUUCUACACUGAAGAUGUAAACCAUCAUUUCUGACUGCAAAACUAUAUGCACCUUGCACGAUGUGUUUCCUGUGUUACGCGACAUUUGUAAACAUGACAUGAGCAAUAUCAGUUACUUUCUUUAUGAAACAUUCAUGUAAUGUCUGUUAAGAUGCUGAUAUACUACUCAAAAAUGUUAAAGAUCAGUAGAUUCUUUCAUUUUGUGAUGAUAUUCCUUGCGUUGUGCUGUAAUAGGUAGUCAUAACGUGACAGAUUACCUAUGGUUGUGUAAUUCAUUGUGAUACAGUGUUUCUAUCAAUAUUCGGGAGAGGCUAGUGGUGUGCUGGUUAAGUCAACAGUAAUAUGGAAGCUCCUGGAGCAGCUAGCUGGAGUGAGUGAGUGACUCAGUGAGUGUGGUCUUACGCAUUUAGCAAUUUAUCAGCAAUAUCAUGGCGGGAACACCAGAAAUGGGCGUCACACACUGUGCCCAUGUGGGGAAUCGAUCCCGGGUCUUCAGCGUGACGAGUGGACGCUUUAACCACUAGGCAACUGGAAUAACCCAACUUAAUGAAGAAAUUUCUAGAAGUUCUUUUAUAUGUAUAAAGGGGAAUGCCCUGUCUCACAUAACAUGAAGCGCCUGUAACUAUUGGACAGCUGUGGCCUGUUGUUGUUGCUGAGUGAAUGGCAUCACAGACUU